UCGUAAAUUCACAAUUAACAAGUGAUUUUUAUGCAAAAACAUGUCCAAAUGUUCUCAAAGUUGUUCGUAAAGAAGUUCAAAAUGCUAUCAAGAUGAGAAUGGCAGCUUCAUUGCUUCGUCUUCAUUUUCACGAUUGCUUUGUUAAUGGGUGUGAUGGAUCAUUGUUGUUGGAUGGUAAUAUCACCACAAGUGAAAAGUUUGCAGCAGGGAACAUAAAUUCUGCUAGAGGAUUUGAAGUGAUAGACAAUAUUAAGAAAGCUGUUGAAGAUGAAUGCAGUGGAGUUGUUUCUUGCGCUGAUAUACUUGCUAUUGCUGCUGGAGAUUCUGUCCUAUUAUGGCCUAAGCUUUUAUUUUGGUUCCUUCCUGAAUCACUGAUGCGUGCAUAUAAGAUUCCCCUUGUUGUCACAAACAAUGUUCCAAUCAUACAGAGUCCGAAUGAGAUUAAGAGAAGAGGCAUCAUGUGA